CCGCUCGCCCCUCCCCCGUGACGUCAUAGGCAGGGCCCGCCCCCCGUCGCCCCCGGGCUGCUGUUAUCGCAGCAGCUCCUCAGCGCCCCGGAAGCUGUCCCUUCUCGGGGGUCAUGAUGGGCAGCAAGAUGGCGUCUGCCAGCAGGGUCGUUCAGGUAGUCAAGCCACAUACUCCAUUAAUAAGGUUCCCUGACAGAAGAGACAAUCCUAAACCCAAUGUAUCAGAAGUUUUGAGAUCAGCAGGACUACCGUCUCACUCUUCGUCAGUUUCACAGCAUUCUAAGGGAAGUAAAUCACCAGAUUGGCUGAUGUAUCAGGGUCCACCAGACACUGCAGAAAUAAUAAAAACAUUACCUCAGAAAUAUAGAAGGAAACUCAUGUCACAAGAAGAAAUGGAAUUUAUCCAGCGUGGAGGUCCAGAAUAAUCACUGACGACGUGGCUGCUAGUUUGUCGUCAGACAAAAGAAGUCUUUACAGUGAAGGACUUCCAAAAUGACAAAUGAGAAAUUGUACAUUAAACAACUUUAAUAAAUAUUCUGUAAAAAGAUGAAAUAUCGAAAAUUUAGAUGGACGCCUGUAUCUCCUAAUUUAUGUAUCUUGGUAAGCUUCUCCACAAGCUUACCUAAUUGUUUAUAUACUUAUUAAAGUAUAUAUUUUUAAAUGUUAGCCUAUUAAUUUACUCUUGAUUAUCAAGUAUUACCAGUGUUGAACGAUUAAAAGCACACAAUGUCUAGUAAACUAUCAGGUUUCCCAUAAUUUCACUUUCUUUUCAGUUUCUGUUAAGACACAGAAAGAAUUUUUCAGGCAAAAUUCCUGCUUUCAGUAACUGCUUUUCCUGAAAUUGGAUGAGGAUCAGUGAAAUAAUGACUCCAUUAUUUGCUGUUAAUUCUCUUAAUGUUUUUCAUUCACCAAGUUAUGGAGUCUAACUGGCUUAAUAAGCAUAUCCUACUCUAAAUGAUAAAAAUAUAGGCAAAGUAAAACAAGUGACUUUGUGUUAUUAAGACUGGGGAGUUAAAAAGUUAUUUGUAACCUAUAUUCAGAAAAAAAUGUCAGUAUGAAAUGGAAAAUAAAUUAAGAGAUCAAGUGAAUAUAACAUAGGAAUAAAUGGAGUAGAAAGUGCAAUUUAUUAUGUUUUGAAGAGUGUUAAGAAAGUCUUGUUCUUUGGUUUACUUUACUUUUUGAUUGUGAUCAUGUAUGCAAAUCCUGAUAACCGUUAAUUUUCUCAAACUUACUAUCUGAAAGCCUCAUAAAAUCAACCUAAAUAUUUACCUUAUUAAGGCAAUUUAUGAAUAGAGCAAUUUAAUAGAGUCUUCCUGUGCCAAGGGUAUGUAUUAUUGUGAAAGUAAAGCCUCACAAAGCUAAAUAAAUUCUCUUCCACACCUUUAA